UCCCAUAGCUAAUCUUGUCUACCUCAGCAUCUUGAAAUUAUUUCAUCUUUUAAAUCUUCAACCAAGAACUCAUUGUUUUGCACCAACUUUUGGAUUAUUGCUUUGUGAAAUCCAUGGCCAAGGCUAGUAGAAUCGGUCAUCUUUUGUUAAGGUUCUUGGCUUUUUCGGCCACCCUUUCAGCAGUAAUUGUCAUGGUUUCUAGCCAUGAAAAUGCUACAUUCUUCACUAUUUCCUUUGAAGCAAAAUACACCAAGUCUCCUUCCUUCAAGUACUUUGUCAUUGCAAACUCCGUUGUUACUGUCUAUGGAUUUUUUAUACUCUUUCUUCCAGCAGAAAGCUUGCUCUGGCGACUCGUGGUCGCCACGGAUAUGGGGUUGACCAUGUUACUCAUCUCAAGCAUAUCUGCAGCUUUGGCUAUUGCUCAAGUGGCAAAGAAAGGAAAUAAUUAUGCAGCUUGGUUACCAAUAUGUAGUUCAGUCCCCAAAUUUUGCAAUCAUAUGACUGGAUCUUUAAUUGCGAGUUUCGCCGGAGUAGUUAUAUACAUGAUUCUUCUGUUGCAUUCCAUUCAUAGGGUCCUUGACCCUCUCCUCAUGAGAAAACCUUGAACAAACUUUAGAAUUUCAAAUUUUAUAUAAAUCAAAUAUUAAAAUUUUUAGUUGUGCAGACACAUCAGAUGCAGGUGUGUUCGUUCGAACCCGUGACAUUUCAUUGUUCAUUGUUCAUCUUUAGGAAGAUGAAUUUCAAUCAC